GAGGUGACUUGAUGUCAUCCUGAGCAGCUGGGCGGCGGGUGCCGGUGCGCAGCGAGCCGGGGCUCCCGCUGCGCUGCACCGCGCGGAUCUGAGUCCGGAGAUAUCUGCCGAGGGUCGCGUGCUGCCGGGGCCCAGCCCAGAGCCCACCGAGCGCCCGACCCCUUUGGGGGCUGAGCUGGGGGCAUGCUCCAGCACCCCCAGAGCCUGGGAGCGAACCCAGGAGCGCCGCCGCCCAGCCCCAGCGCCCCGAGCGGCGGAACCACCGCUAAGGACCCUUGAACCGUCGUCCCCUCCACCGAGGCAAUCUCUAGGGUCGGCGACCAAAGUCUGGGUUUCUGAGAAAAGAGCCAGCGUGGGAACCCUGACUGGACUCCUCUGGACCACCAGGAAAGACCUGAACCAUUGCCUUUCUACCUUGCCUGCCCCCCCAGGACUGGGCAGUUGCCAGAGGCCCUGGGGGGGUCAGGACUGUGGUCGUGCCUCCCUCCUCCCCGCCCCGACCCCCAACACGCUGGACAGGAUGGGUCCCAGUUAGUGUGUGCGGCCUCAUUCAGCUUAUUCCAGACCCAAAAGGAGCCCCUCGGGCUCUGAAAGAUUGACGUGCUGCCCACUGGUCAUGGAGACGAAGCUGCCCCCUGCGAGCACCCCCACAAGCCCCUCCUCCCCAGGGCUGUCUCCAGUGCCACCACCAGACAAAGUGGAUGGCUUCUCCCGCCGGUCCCUCCGCAGGGCCAGGCCCCGCCGCUCACACAGCUCUUCUCAGUUCCGCUAUCAGAGCAACCAGCAAGAGCUCACCCCACUGCCCCUGCUCAAAGAUGUGCCAGCCUCUGAGUUGCAUGAGUUGCUGAGCCGGAAACUGGCCCAAUGUGGGGUGAUGUUUGACUUCUUGGACUGUGUGGCUGAUCUCAAGGGGAAGGAGGUGAAGCGUGCAGCCCUCAAUGAGCUGGUGGAGUGUGUGGGGAGCACCCGGGGGGUCCUCAUCGAGCCUGUGUACCCAGACAUCAUCCGCAUGAUAUCAGUAAAUAUCUUCCGGACCCUGCCACCCAGCGAGAACCCCGAAUUUGACCCUGAAGAAGAUGAGCCCAACCUUGAGCCUUCGUGGCCACAUCUGCAGCUGGUCUAUGAGUUUUUCCUGCGUUUCUUGGAGAGUCCAGAUUUCCAGCCCUCUGUGGCCAAGAGAUACGUGGAUCAGAAGUUUGUCCUGAUGCUCCUGGAGCUAUUUGACAGUGAGGACCCCCGGGAACGUGAGUACCUCAAGACCAUCUUGCAUCGGGUAUACGGCAAGUUCCUGGGUCUCCGGGCCUACAUCCGCAAACAGUGCAACCACAUCUUCCUCCGGUUCAUCUAUGAGCUGGAGCGCUUCAAUGGUGUGGCUGAGCUGUUGGAGAUCUUAGGAAGCAUCAUCAAUGGCUUUGCGCUGCCCCUGAAGACUGAGCACAAGCAGUUCCUGGUUCGAGUCCUGAUCCCCUUGCACUCUGUCAAGUCACUAUCUGUUUUUCAUGCUCAGCUGGCAUACUGUGUGGUGCAGUUCCUGGAGAAGGAUGCAACCUUGACAGAGCAUGUUAUCCGGGGGCUCCUCAAAUACUGGCCUAAAACCUGCACCCAGAAGGAGGUGAUGUUCCUGGGGGAGAUGGAAGAGAUUCUUGAUGUCAUCGAGCCUUCCCAGUUUGUGAAGAUCCAGGAGCCCCUCUUCAAGCAGGUGGCUCGCUGUGUCUCCAGCCCCCAUUUCCAGGUUGCAGAGCGGGCUCUGUAUUUCUGGAACAAUGAGUACAUCCUGAGCCUCAUUGAGGACAACUGCCACACUGUGCUGCCUGCGGUAUUUGGGACCCUCUACCAAGUGUCCAAGGAGCACUGGAAUCAAACCAUUGUGUCCCUGAUCUACAACGUGCUCAAGACUUUCAUGGAGAUGAAUGGAAAGCUGUUUGAUGAGCUUACAGCCUCCUACAAGCUGGAAAAACAGCAGGAGCAGCAGAAGGCCCAGGAGCGGCAGGAGCUAUGGCGAGGCUUGGAGGAACUGCGGCUACGCCGGCUACAGGGGGCCCAAGGGGCCAAGGAAGCCCCUGUCCCACGGCCUACGCCCCAGGUGGCUGCCAGUGGGGGUCAGAGCUAGAUACAUCUAGAACAGGAGAAGCUAAACCCAGAGCUAUCAGCCCCUCCAUCCCUUUGCCCAGGGGCCCAGUGAGGCCCACGCCUCCCCGUGCGUGGCCUUGCCAGAGUGGCUCUAGGACUCCCUACCAGCCCCAUGGGAACAGCUUUCAUGGAGUGGGAGACAAGAAGGCAAGAUGGUAGUCUUAGCAGCAGAACUCUCAGGCCUUUGUGGCAAGAUUCUGACAGGAGUAGACCAGGGCAAGUAUGGGACUGGGGAAGCUGCCAUCAGGGAGCCUCCCCUGCCCUACACAGCUGGGCUUCUACCCCUGCUCCUGGCCUGGAGCAUGGACACUCAGCACUUGGCCUGGCCUGCCUCAGGCUCAGGCUACCUUCCUCAUCCCCACCAUGGGGGCACAAUCUAUUUAUUCUGUCCAGCUCACCCUCAACAAGACAUUGUCCAGGGACAUCCUCCUCUCCUCUCCCUUGCCCUGAACUUCUUUAUCCCCUUUUUAUUUAUUGGGCAGGGGGAGGGGUGAGGGCACAGGCAAGAAGAGAUUCACAUUGUCCUGGGGUGAGGGGGGGGUCACAGUAAUUAUGGUCUGCCCCCUUCACCUGGCUAGGGGGCAGACUUAAUAAAGAGCGAAACUCAAGCACUGCUUGCUUUAUUGAGGACAGGAGCAAAGGAGAAUGUAGCAAUGAGACGGCUGAGAGGGCCAGGUAAAAGGAGGCAAAACCCCAUCUCCACAGACGCUAAAGAGGGUCAGAGCCCAAGUUUGAGAGAUCCAUGACAUGUCAGUGGCAGGACUGGAGCCUGAGCCCUUCAGGGACUAGUAGCGGGAGAGACGGCACAUAUCACACUGGCAGGCCCUGGCAGUGAAGAUCUCAAGCUCCCCACGCUGGUUCCCCAUGCACUGCAGCCACACCCUCACCUAUUGGAGGAGGACCCAAGUUUGUUCCCAUUCCUUCCCUUCCCACCCUCGGUCCCCACCCUCGUGCUGCCCAUCAGGUUCGGGCCCCUUACCUUUUUGAGGCUGCUGAUGGUGCAGCACUGGGAGGCAGACGUGAUGUUGUGCCGAUAGCCACUGGCCACCAGCACAGAGUACCGGGAAGGGAAGGCACUGGACUCACAGUACCCUACACACGCCUGUGCCACAUGGGAGCCCUGGCAGGUGCCGUGGCGAUCACUCCGCACUGUCACGUUGAAGGCUGGAAGGAGACAAGAGAGCAGCCUGUGAAGGCUGUGCUGGUCGGGUUACCCGUCCUUGUCUGCAGCUCUGCUCUUGCUCCCCAUCCACCCUCCAAGCAGUUACUCACGGUGCAAGUGGCAGCCUGGGAUGGCUGCCUCUGGGCCAUGCUCUUCAGUGACUGCCAGGCCUAGCAGACAGAGGAGCAAGACUCGUGGUGCCAUGGGCCUCUGCAAAGGAGUGGGUGGGAAGAGAAGUCUUUGAAGCUGUGCCUCUCCACCAGCAAGCCAGGCUUCUGGGUCUCCAGACUGGUGAGGUGUCCCUGGGUGGCAUUGUUUAACCUCUCUGCCUUUGUUGGCAAUGUUGGGAGGAGGGGUGUUGUCUCCCUGCCUCAGCUACUCUGGAAGGGUAUGAAUAGCCACUUGUAUGUCAUCCUUCUCUGCAGACUCUCCCCUGGAAUGUCCCUCACCAUCUGGGGUACAUUCCAGUUCCCCCAUCCAUGUGCCACUUUGGCCUCCAAGGCCCUGGCCCACCAUCCCUCCCUCCCUGGCUCCACCUGCUCUGCUUUAGCAGACUGGUAAAGUCCAGCAGGAACUGUAGACUCCCGGUGCCUCCUGCUGGUCUCCAAACUGGCGCUGGCUCUCCAGGCUUUUAUUUGCUGGUGUUUUAGAGCCCCGCCCUCCCAGAUAUCUGCUUUCAGGCCCCUCCCAGCCUGAAGCCUCAGGAGCUGAGGUCUCUUCAGAAUGCAGUCUCCCCUGACAUUUCCCUUUCCCGUUGGGCCAGCUAGUGUUGAGUACUAGAGGGAGCGAGGCAGGCCCAGGAGUGUGACGUGGGGGUAGCUGGGGUUUCUUCACCCUCUGAGCUUGCGCAGGACUUUUACCUGAUCAGCCAUUCUCUGUGGAAAAUGACUCCCCUCAGCCCUGCUGCCAGUCUGUCUUUUAGUGAUUGCAAAGGAAUGGGGCUGAAAAUCAACUUUUUUCCUAAAAGACAAUCUCAAACAUCCCAGGGGCAACCUUGAUCUUCCUGCCUCCACUUCCGAAAUCCUGGAAUCACAGGCAUGAGCCACCAUGUUCAUUCAGUUCAUACUAUUCUGGGGUUGAGCCUAGGGCCUCAUGAAUGCUAAGGAGGGACUCCACCAGUGGAGUUACAUCCCCAGUCCAAGACCAAGAUUCUUUUGUUCAAGGGGACCCCACUAGUGAGGGCACCUAAGCUGUGCUUGGUGGCAGACUAGGGGUAGGGUCCAUUUCAGUCUCCCAAAGUCCUGGGCGUGCUUUCUUAUCAUGGCCGGCUGCAGAACAGAAUUCUGAGCUAGAAAGUCUUGCUAGUCCCUUGGAUAGCAAGGACCAGUCUACAUAAAAGCAGAGCUAGACUCCAACCUCAGUGGCUCUGUUGAGUCUAACUCUGCUUAUAGAGGAAAGGCUCCUCACUAAAAGUCACACUAUCUAUCCACGGUUCUAAGUGACACCUGGGACAAGAAUGUGACAUGCUGAGGGCUGUGGCAGAGCACUUGCCUGGAAGCUUGGGGUUCUGGGUUCCAUCCAUUUUUGGUACCAUAAAACAAGCAAGCAAACACUAACAAAAACCUUAGUCAGCAUUAGCUGGAAGUUACGUGAAGAAGUACCCAGACCAAGGUCUAUGGUGACUGUAGGCAGCCCCUCUUAGACCACUACCACACUCAGAAGAGUGGGGCAACCCACAGUUGCUGGAGCUUGAGCAUUCCUCAGAGCUCUUCAAAUCCUACCUCUCACUUUCCAGAUUGUAAAAAAGGGCAGCAGAGGUCCUUAUGUUAGCUGGUCCCAGUCAGCAUGGGCACGUAGAUCUCCAGGCUUUGGAGCUGUGUCCGUCAGCAGCAGCUGUCCGUGAAGUUAUGCUCGGGGUUAUAGGACAAAUGUAGUAAAGAGUUUGGGAGAAACUGCUACUGCCCAUGUUGCUCACCCCCACCCCCAUACCCUUGCUUGCCUUUAGCAUCCCCUGCUCAGGCUCUAGGUCCUGGGUUGCUCCCCCCCUCCAGCACCCUUCUUCCUCCUUGUCCCCAUCAAAGGUAGAGACAGCCAGGCAAAGGGACUCAGAGGAACCCAGCACUUUAGAUCCAGCCUUCCCAUUAGGAACCCUGUGGCAUGUGACAUAUAAAUGGCUGUUUUAAGACCGGGAUAGUCCAUUCUAAUAUUAGACUUCACUAAAAGUUAAAUAGCUAAAACGAGUUUUCCUAAAUUUCCAUCCAUUCUUCAUUUGGUUCUCUGAGGUCACAUAAGUCCAAGAUGGGUCUCUACAUGGCCUUUCGGUGAAGAAAGGCCUCGGGUACCUUGGCCUUUUCCAGGGCCCUAACUAGCACUGGCUGCCACUUACCCUAGUCUGUGUUCCUGUCAAGGUUCCUUAGGGAGCACUUCACAUUCGAGGCACUAUCCUUUGGGGUCAAAAUGAGGAUGGGAUAGUGGAUAGUUUCUUUGGAGCAGUGGAGUGGGACUCAGGCCAGUGGGCCUUGUGUGACCUUAUUCCCUGACCCCUGGUAAAGGACUGUAAGAGCUGAGGGCAGGUAUACAUCUCAUGAAGUUCACCAUGCAACAACAUGAAACUGGAGGUUGGGGGGCCCAUGAAUGCUUCUCUGUUCUCUCUUAUGCUCUAGCUCACCAGGUUCAAUCAAUGACCCACCAUGAGCAGUCAUUGGCAUUCGAGUUCCAAGUACUAGAGACAAAAGACUUAAACCUUAGGGCAGUAGAAUUCUUUAGUGUUUUAUUUACUUAUUUAUUUUGAAAUUUUAAUAAAAGUACAUUUUCUUCUG